UGGGUGAUCCUUGUGGCGACAGUGUUCAACUUAUCUGUGAUGGGGACUCUGAUAAUCACUUUAGGGAUGUUCCAGGACCAGUUUCUCCAGAACUACGGUGUCAGCACGGCGUAUAUUAGUGUGUUGUGCUCCCUUUUCAUGAGCCUACAGUCAAUACUAGGUCCUGUAGCGAGUGUCAUCUGUAACAUGUUCAGCAUACGUACAUCUAUAAUGGUUGGAGGAACUAUACUUUCGGUGGGCUUUGUUGCAACCAGCAUGACCAACACUCUUCCACAACUGCUUGGGUGCUACGGGAUACUCUCUGGGAUAGGAUUUGGCAUCAUUUACACACCGUCCGCAAUAGCUGUUGGCCAUUACUUCCAGGAGAAAAGGGUUAUAGCUAAUGGAAUCGCUUUUUCAUCUGUUGGCGUUGGUAUGCUGUCAGGUGCACAUUUGAUUGGCUGGCUGAUUGACCAGUUCGGGUGGCGGACUGCGAUGUUGACACUUGGAUGCAUCACGGCCCAGAUGGUUGUGACAGGGUCUCUGAUAUUUCCACUUGAAAGGACAAAACAGAGUAAGGAUACUGUGUUCUAUUGCCAAAGGAAUAAUAACCAGAGAGAAGAAAUAACGGAUAUAGAUUCAGAGACAAGAGAACUAUCUGGUAAGGCUAAAUGUUUACAUUGCAAACGAUGCAGUCACGACAGUGCUUCAGUUGUAAUUUGUAAAACAAGUGUCAGUAUGUUUACGGUUCUGAAAGACAAGAUCCUACUGAUCAUCCUUCUCAACUAUUUCAUGGAAAUGAUGGGCUAUUCCAUUCAGAUUGUUCAUCUGCCUUCUUACGUGCGUUCGGUUGGAGUACCACAGACCAAAGUUCCAUCUCUGCUCACCGCCUAUGGCCUCACUCUCACAGUGGCGCGGAUUCUGGGUGGGGUGAUGUGUAACGACAAGAACAUUGAUUUGCUGAUGGUGUACAUAUCUUGCCAAGGCCUCAAAGCUUUGCUUGUGAUGUUCAUGCCACUGUUCGCACAUGGAUUUGCUCAACUUGUUCUAUACCAAGUUCUGUAUGGCUUAUAUUAUGGAUUUGGUUAUAUAUUAUUGACGCCCAUUUAUGUGGAGCUGUUCGGAGUGGAACGUCUGGCAACAGUGUUUGGAGUUACCUUGAGUGUUGGUGGUAUGGGUUAUCUCAUUGGUCCAACCAUCGCAGGUGCACUGUACGACAUCACAUCAUCCUACUCGGCGGGAUUCCACAUUGGUGGCUCAGUGUCUCUACUUGGCUCCAUGGUCUUAUUCCUGAUCCCCAUCCUGAGGAGAGACGUCAAAGUUCCAGGGGAUCCAGAGAACAAAGAAUGUUUGGUUGUUCCCGAGAAUAUGGAACAUCUGGUUGUAUCGGAAAAUAAUGAAUCUCUGUCAAGAAGAGGGAGCAGUGACUGUAUCGAUAUUACUUAGGGUACUUAGUACAACACAAAAUUUGCACUGAAGGCCACAGGGCCGAGGUACAUGUUAUCUUUGGGAAAGGUUGUAUUAUACACUUUUAUAUCACAGUUAUUUAUAACAUUGAAAGAUAUAUGCAUGUAUAUGCCGUCAGAUCUUUGCCAGCAUCCAUGAUUUUUUAAAGGUUGUGAUCCCAAUUGGCAGGAGGCUGCUCACUAUGUUUUGGUACCUAUUUAAAGAACUGACAAAGGUCAAAAUAGAGACGUCAUCUCUGAUUACAUGACCAACAAUUUGUUGGUGGAAGUAUGAUGAGUCUUGGCUAAACUGCCCCCCUUCAGCAACAGGUUCUAUAAUUGAACAACUUUUUAUACAAUGAUGUUCGUCUAGGAAAAUUGGACUGUUGGUGCAUCCCUGAGUUUUGUAUGGGUUGGAUAUUAACGUUGAUUGCAAAUUAUUACAAAUUAAGGAACAUGCAACCUUCUUCUGAUUGUGUCUGGUUUGGCCAAGCGUUUCAAAGUAAUAAGACCGACCAUAUUCUCCAAUCGAUUCCGUCAGCUUUUACUGUUUGUAGACAUAUCCAUCAGCAAAAGUGUCUGGAGUUUUUCAACGACACAGAAAAUGGUCUUGUUCUACCUUUGUGCAGUCCCAAUGGUUCCUGAAGGAGAGGCAACCGACCUUCCAAAUCAAUGGUAUCAUUUGGCUGUCGCUCUUCAAUGGGACCAGAAACAGACUCAAUACAUUGGCAUUGGAAAUGUUAGAAUAGGAUGUUGUCAUUUAAAAUAAACGACACUUAAAUUUCUCUUUAGUUGAAAUAUCUCAUCAUGUUGGAUAUGGAUUUGCACUGGCCCAGUUUAGAUGAAGUUCACAGGAAAUAUGCUUAAGGACAUCAAGCGAAAUGUAACUGAAAUAACAGAAGAUGAACUUAACUUUAUUGUUAUUAGUCGGCAGUAA